AUGAAACUUAGUGAAAUCACCACCUUCCAGCAAGAACAUCGCGCUAUUUCACUGAAUGAACUCCAAAAAAGAUUUCCUCAGAAGACCAUAAUAAGGGAUGAAAAUGGAGUAAUUCGACAUGAUUCACGCUUACAAAACGCGCUAAUGGAUUUUGACACAAAAUCUCCCAUAUACGUCAAUCCCAAGUCUGACUUGGCUAGGUUGAUAAUCCGUGACCUACACUGCAAGAACGCCCAUUGCGGCAAAGAUCAGACGCUGUGCUUAGCAAGGCAGCGAUUUUGGAUACCCCGCCCAUCCGCCGCUUAUAACAAAUACAUCAGAAGCUGUACCAUUUGCAAACGAUAUCAAGGGCUACCUUUCGGAGCCCCAGCAAUGCCUCCUCUUCCAGGAGAUAGAGUCAAACGAUCACGUCCAUUUGAAAACGUAGGCUGCGAUUUCUUUGGACCAAUCUUAGAUAGAAACGAUGAGCGCAUAUAUGUUUGCCUUUACACGCGCUUCACGACUCGUGCAGUUCAUCUGGAGGUUGUCGAAAACAUGUCUACCGAAGCAUUUCUUGAUUGCCUUGUGAGAUUCGUUUCCCGUAGAGUGCCCAAGCUUAUACGCACGGACUGCGGCACCAACUUUAGGUUGGGUCAACAAAUACUAGAAUCCAUGUUCCAAAGUGAUGAUACUACUGGCUCUUCAGUCAUGACAUAUAGCGUAAGCACUGGUAUCCGCUGGACUUUCAAUCCCCCAGCUGCUCCAUGGAUGGGAGGAGCAUGGGAAAGAUUAGCAGGUACAGUAAAAAGAGCCCUCCAAAAAGCAUUUGGGAGAAAAAAGUUCACAUUUACGCAGCUUUGUACAGCAGUCACGCGCAUAGAAGCCGUAAUCAAUACAAGACCGUUGGCAAAACUACCCUCAGCGGACAUCUCAGAGAUACCCCUCAGACCCGUAGACUUUCUACAAGGAAACUUAGCGUACAGCAUACCAAACGUUGGCAUAUCCGCAGAUCGCGACAACUCAUACGAUCCUGAUCUAAUUCAAACUGCGCUACAAGCGAAAGAAGCUUUGGAAUACUCAGAAACUGUAGCCAAUAAAUUCUGGGAAAGGUGGAAUACCGAGUACCUAACAAUGCUUCGAGAAAUACAGCAUCGAACUCCGUCAAUCCAGACAUACCGCCCUGAGAGACCCCAUUGUUGGUGA